ACGCCUCACUGAACCAUCAUACAUCAUCGUCCUCUCUCUGGUAGUUAAACUCAAAGCAGAGGCAGCACCACCACAAUCAUUCCUCGUUAAAAGAAAGGGUAUAGCAUUCCAUAGAGAGAGAGACAGAGAGAGAGAGAGAGAGGCGAUGCCGGAGGAAACGACGUCGAUUGACUACGUGAUGGAGGCAGCGUCUGGGCCCCACUUCUCGGGUCUGCGACUGGACGGCCGUAAACCAACAUCGUCAACCUCAUCUCCCGCUCCUGAUUCAUCCCUAACCACCGAUUCCCUUCCCAAUCAACCCUUCGUCAUAGGAGUUUCUGGUGGUACUGCCUCAGGGAAGACCACCGUGUGCGACAUGAUCAUUCAGCAGCUUCACGAUCACCGCGUCGUCCUCGUCAAUCAGGAUUCGUUUUAUCGUGGUUUGAGACCGGAAGAAAUGGAACGCGUGCACGAGUACAAUUUCGAUCACCCUGAUGCUUUUGACACUGAACAGAUGUUAGAGUGCAUGAGGAAGCUCAUCAGUGGCCAGUGUGUGCAAGUCCCCAUUUAUGACUUUAAGAAACACCAACGGUCUUCCGAUAGUUUUAGACAGGUCAAUGCCUCUGAUGUCAUUAUAUUGGAGGGAAUUCUUGUAUUCCAUGAUCAAGAUGUCCGUGAUCUGAUGAACAUGAAGAUCUUUGUUGACACAGAUGCUGAUGUGAGGCUUGCUCGGAGAAUUAGACGUGACACAGUGGAAAGGGGCAGAGAUAUAAACUCUGUUCUUGAACAGUAUGCAAAGUUUGUUAAGCCUGCCUUUGAUGAUUUUGUUCUGCCAUCAAAGAAGUAUGCUGAUGUGAUCAUUCCUCGUGGAGGUGAUAAUCAUGUUGCCAUUGAUUUGAUUGUGCAACAUAUCCGCACAAAGCUUGGUCAACAUGAUCUAUGCAAAAUAUAUCCAAAUGUGUAUGUUAUUCAAUCAACGUUCCAGAUAAGGGGCAUGCAUACAUUGAUUCGUGACCGAGACAUAUCAAAGCAUGAUUUUGUAUUUUAUUCAGAUCGACUUAUACGCCUGGUUGUCGAGCAUGGUCUAGGUCAUCUGCCAUUCACUGAAAUGCAAGUGGUUACUCCGACAGGAUCUUUGUAUACUGGUGUUGAUUUCUGCAAGAAAUUGUGUGGUGUUUCAAUUGUUCGAAGUGGUGAGAGCAUGGAAAAUGCACUUCGUGCAUGUUGUAAAGGCAUUAAAAUUGGAAAAAUUCUUAUUCAUCGGGAUGGAGACAAUGGAAAACAGCUUAUUUAUGAGAAGCUUCCCAAGGAUAUUUCAGAAAGGCAUGUCUUGCUUCUUGACCCUGUCCUUGCUACAGGUAACUCUGCCAACCAGGCAAUUGAAUUACUCAUUCAGAAAGGAGUUCCAGAAUCCCACAUUAUAUUCCUGAAUCUCAUUUCCGCUCCCGAGGGAAUCCAUUGUGUAUGUAAAAGGUUUCCAUCAUUGAAAAUUGUCACAUCUGAGAUUGAUGUUGCCUUAAAUGAAGAGUUUCGUGUUAUCCCGGGAUUGGGCGAGUUUGGUGAUCGCUACUUUGGUACUGAUGAUUGAUCCCUUAUGUGGAGACACCUUUUAGGUAGCAGCUGCCGUGAUUAAGAAUAUGAAAAGCAGCUUGCUGCAUUGUAACGAGAUAUUAAAGAUUCAGCAGAAUUCAGCUUUGCUGUUAUUGAAGUCAAGCAUAUUAGAAUAAUAUGAAUGUAAAUUCACUCAUGGGUGAAUGAUUUUUAGCUUUAUUAGUUAGAAUGUAAAGAUCAGUCUUAGUAAGAUGUUGAUGUUACCAUUCAAAAUUCGAGUAGACAAUUCUACCUAUUUCGUUCAGCAAAGGUCAUGUGGGUAAAAUUUUCAUAGUUAUCAAUUCUUACCUAUUACUAACAAGAUCGAUUAUAUAGCUCAGUAUAUGC